AUGGAAGACGACCGAAGUAAGUUGCAGGCCUUAUCUGAAGCUCUGCAGAAAUUCCAAGAUGACCUCCAGACCGCGGUAGAAGCACGUCAAAAACUCGAAGCGCAGCAGCAAGAAAACAAGGCGGUCCACAAAGAAUUUACGUCGUUAGACGACGAUGCCGGGAUUUACAAGCUCGUGGGCCCGGUUUUGCUGAAGCAGGACAAGACAGAAGCUGUCAAUGCGGUCGACGGCCGGCUCGAAUUCAUCACAAAGGAAAUAACCAGGACUGAAGCCAGGAUCAAGGAGCUGCAGGAAGGGAGCGAAAAGAAGAGAGUCGAGCUGCUGCAGCUUCAACAAAAGAUACAAAUGGCCGCGCAAGGGCAGGGUGCAGGAUGA